AUGUCGCAGGAACUUCAAGAAUCACGGCAAAUUAUCCAGGCCAGGCGAAUGUUGCGAGAAUCUGGAAAGACACCCGAGGAUUGCAUUGCAGACUACCUCGGUGCGCUUUGGAAGCAUACCAUGACCAUGAUUCUCAAGACUCACCCUAAUUACCUGAUUGAGGCUCUUCAAUUCCAUGUAUUUAUCACCGUCCCUGCUAUCUGGAAGGACUAUGCGCGAAAUGCCAUGAAAAAAGCUGCAAUAAAAGCAGGGAUUCUCAAUCAUCGCGCUGCUGGAGAGACCACCCUGACCUUUGCACCUGAGCCUGAGGCAGCGGGAUUGGCAGCGCUGCUGGACCGGUCAGUUGACAACUCCAUGGAAGUUGAACGGGGUAAUGUGUUUCUGAUCUGUGACGCUGGGGGUGGAGUUGAAAGCACUGAGCCUCGCAGUUUGCACGAGGCUGUCGAGGGUAACGGCAGCGUCUGUGGUGGAAUCUUCAUCGACGAAGAUUUCAUCGUACAAUGCAAAAGUGGCAUCGGCCGCAAGUGGUCUAGCUUCAGCAUUGCAAAUAUCAGAACCAUUCUAACAGAGGAAUGGGAGUCUUAUAUCAAGCCAAAGCUUUGUCUAAAAGAACAGCAGCAAUAUUGGCCAUUGUCAAUUUUGCGAGGUCCCGCCGACAUUCAGAAAACCUUUGACGCCAGGUCUGUUCCUGGUCUUCUCAAACUAGUUGACAGUCAAUUCAAGAAGUCCGAGAGCAAAGGGUUCAGUGUGAAGUCGGAGGCCUAG